AUGCUGCUCCCGCUCCCCGCGUCCUCGCCCGGCGAGGCGGGUCGGGCCCGCGGGGCCGCGCUCGAGGUCACCUCCCGCCACGGCGCCACUUUCGGGUGGGAGGACCACGGCCUGGAGGCGCACUCGGCGUACGCGAAGGCGGCGGAGAUCCGCGUCGGCGAGCCGGGCAAGGAUGCCAAGGCCCACGCCAAGCGGCUGUGGGAGGCGGCGUCCGAGUGCGCCAUGGAGGACCCGCGGCUGGCGAAGCAGGCCAUGCGGUACAUGGAGCGCGGCGAGGCUCUGGACCCCGAGGCGGAGGACGAGGAGGAGGCCGAGGUGGCGGCGGGUGCGGCGGAGGAGGCGGCCGAGGCGCAGGGGCCGGCGGGCGGCGGGGACGACCUGCUCCUCCGCGGCGUGCCCCCGGCGGUGCGGCUGGACUUCGAGCGGCUGGCGGCCGAGCUGAGCGUGCCGCCCGCGGAGGCCCUCGCGGGCCUGCUGCGGGCGGCGCGCGGCGGGGGCGCCGGCGCCGGCGGCCUGCCGCGCGCGGUUGGCAUGGUGGCCUGCCGCCGCCACGAGCAGCACGGGCGGGCGGAGAAGCCGGCCACCCGGCUCGGCUUCGAGGUCGUCUGGGAGGCGGAGCGGCCCUCGGUGGGCCGGGUGGCCGCCGGCUCGCAGGCCGAACGGAGUGGCGUCCGCAGCGGCGACGUCCUCGUGUCCAGCGCGACGCGGGGCGUGCCCCGCGAGCGCCUGGCGCCGCUGCUGCGGGGCGCGGAGCCGCUGGAGCUGCGGCUGCUCCGGCGCGCGGUGAAGCUCAAGGACAACGGAGCCGAGAGCGCCAAGCCGUUCUGCCAGAGGUUGUUUGAGCUCAUUCAGAAGAUGGGCGGGCCCAAGAAGACUGGUGGUGCAGACGCCAAGGCGAGCCCGCGCGAGCCCGCUGCGCCUGGCAAGCUGAGCGCGCCCGACCGCCCGCUGACCGACAGGGAGAUGAGGUUCCCAGGCCUGCGGGUGCCCAACGCGCCCGACCGUCCAGAGCUGCGGAUAGAGAAGCGCGAUCCCGGCGAGCUGUCGGAGACCGCAAAGAAGUUGCUUGAAGCAGAGAUGGACGAAAAGGAGCGGGAGAAGGAGGCCAAGGAGCGCGGCAAGGGUGGCGGCAGAGGCGGCGCUCGGCGCAGCCGCAGCCGCAGCCGGAGCGGCGACAAGGCCAAGAAGAAGAGCAAGCCGGACUUUAGCAGACCUGGCCCAGUCGAGCUGUACCGCAUCUACAAGGCUAAGGUCUCGCGAGUGAUGGAGUACGGCUGUUUCAUCUCCAUGGACACGGCGGAAGGCCCGAAGGAGGGCCUUUGCCACCUCAGCGAGACGUCCAAGGACACGCGCAACGUGAACCGCGCGGCGGACUACGUCAAGCGAAACCAGGAGGUCUUCGUCAAGAUCAUCGGCAUCGCAGGCUCGAAGCUGAACCUGUCCAUGCGCGAGGCCGACCAGGAGACCGGAGAGGACCUGAAGCCCCGCAACAAGAAGGCGCUGGACGAGGACAACGACGCGUCCAACCCCAUGCGGAAGCGGAAGAAGGAGAACGACGGCCUGGGCGAGAUCACCGGCAUCAGGCUCGACUUCGCCGACAACGAGUCGGCGAAGAAGAAGCUGCGCCAGAAGAAGAAGCUCUCCGAGUACGAGAUGUGGGAGGCCCAGCAGCUCGCCCACUCCGGCGUGCUCGAGAACCACGAGCGGCUGGACUGCGACGAGGACACGGGCCUGCUCGCGGACAGCGACAUCGAGGAGGAUUUCGAGAUCGAGCUGCAGGAGAAGGAGCCCGUCUUCCUGCGCGGCCAGACCACGAAGGCGGGCCUGCAGUUGUCGCCCAUCCAGGUGGUGAAGGAGCCGGACGGCAGCCUCGCCCGGGCCGCGUCCACGCAGAGCGCCCUCGCGAAGGAGCGCCGGGAGGCGCGGGAGGCGAUGCAGCAGAGCUUGCUCGACGCGAUCCCGAAGGACAUGAACCGGCCCUGGGAGGACCCCCGGCCUGAGCCAGGCGAGAGGACCAUCGCGCAGGCCCUGAGGGGCCUCGGGCAGAGCUCCUACGAGCUGCCAGAGUGGAAGAAGCUGUACAUCGGCAAGUCCGUGUCCUUUGGCCAGAAAUCGAACAAGCCGAUCAAGGAGCAGCGGGAGGGCCUGCCGAUCUUCAAGCUUCGCAACGAGCUGUUGCAGGCGAUCCACGACAACCAGGUCCUGAUCGUCAUCGGCGAGACGGGCAGCGGGAAGACCACCCAGAUCACGCAGUACCUCGCGGAGGCCGGAUACACCACCCGCGGGAUGAUCGGCUGCACGCAGCCCCGCCGCGUGGCGGCCAUGUCCGUGGCGAAGCGCGUGGCGGAGGAGUUCGGCUGCCGCCUCGGGCAGGAGGCUGAGGUCGGAGACACACUACUGUUCUGCAAGAGGUGCUGCCAGUAUGCGACCUCGAAACCUUUGGGGCUCGGGAAUGUUUGUCCUAGUUUCGGGGUCGCGGGCUGGAAGCGGAAUGAAGCGGCGCAGCAUAAGCUGCGCCGCUUUAUGCAGCUGAAGCACCCGAGGUGCGGCAACGAGGACCGUAUAGUCGCCCAUUGGCCCUUCGCGGCGCAGGUUUAUGAGGCCAGCCAGGCCGCCGAGCCCAUGCCCCAGUAA